UUGGAGGCACUUAAGAGAAGGCCUGGCAAUUCAUCGGUCCUGGUGCCUGCUAUUUGAGUCUUAAAGUGGAAAUGUAAAGUCUGAAAUGCACUCGUUGCCAGGCGCACUGAGUCUUAGGUGCAGGUGGGGUUGGCGAUACCAGGUGUGAUUUGACAAGCCAUGGGCUGGCCCUGUAACAGUCCCCAGGCUGGUGUCAAGUUCCGUGUUAACAUCCUUUUUCCUUGAGGACUUCAAGAAUCUACCAAAAGAAAAGCAUCUCUUGAGGAGUAACUUAAGCCAGUUCCAUGUUGAACAGAAAAGUAAAUGCCUAUUACAGCAGAAAUCUCUACAGGAUUAGGAACCCGGGCAAUGGGGAUGGUGGUGGUUCCGGUGAGGGAGCCUUCACUUGUCACUUUCUUCAAUGCCUAAACCCUCCUUUUGUUAGCUGGCCCCACACAGGCCACUGCCUACUCCCUAACGCAUCCUCACCCUCCCCCAACCAGAUGUGAUGAGGGGAGCAAGCGUCCCCUGAGAAGUGUCUGGGCUCCCUCGGGACAGCUGCGGUGGGGAGGUCCGGCUCUAUCCGCAGAGCUUUCUUCAGUUCCUAGUCAGCGGGAACAUUUUUACCGAUUGGAAAAAAAUAACCAGUCGUGCUCAGGUGCUCUCCCUUAUUGAGAUAUACUGCCGAGGCUUCCCUGGCCGCAACGCCGCCGUAGGUGCCGCUCCCACGCGCGGGAUCCCAGGGUACUGCUCAUUGCCCAACUCCGACCGGCUCCCAGGUGCCGCAAUGCCCCGCCUCUUGCCACCUCCGCACAUCUCAUUGGCCAGAGCCUGCUUCCGCCUCGGCUCCUGACUGGUGACUGCGCCUGUCGGUCUGUGCGGCAGGGACAUUUCCGCAUUGAAGGGGCUGCUCCUAAUGGAGGGGGAGGGGAGGUGUUUAGGCGAAAGUGGGGGCCUUGGGUGUCGGGAGCCGGCUGACGGGUGGACAAGGGGGGCUUAGCAGCUGGGCUGCGACCGUUAGCGAGGGGCUAAGGUGUGCAUGUGUGAGGGAAGAGGGAGAGAGAGAAGGGCGCCUCAGAGGUGACUUUCUCUCAGCCUGCGAGCCUUCUUCCCGGGGCGCCAUAAACGCCCCCAAUUCCCCAGCUGCUAAAGGAAGAGGAAGAUCUUAGCAAAGCAAUGUCUCAAGAUGGUGCUUCUCAGUUCCAAGAAGUCAUUCGGCAAGAGCUAGAAUUAUCUGUGAAGAAGGAACUAGAAAAAAUACUCACCACAGCAUCAUCACAUGAGUUUGAGCACACUAAAAAAGACCUGGAUGGAUUUCGGAAGCUAUUUCAUAGAUUUUUGCAAGAAAAGGGGCCUUCUGUGGAUUGGGGAAAAAUCCAGAGACCCCCUGAAGAUUCGAUUCAACCCUAUGAAAAGAUAAAGGCCAGGGGCUUGCCUGAUAAUAUAUCUUCUGUGUUGAACAAACUAGUGGUGGUGAAACUCAAUGGUGGUUUGGGAACCAGCAUGGGCUGCAAAGGCCCUAAAAGUCUGAUUGGUGUGAGGAAUGAGAAUACUUUUCUGGAUCUGACUGUUCAGCAAAUUGAACAUUUGAAUAAAACCUACAAUACAGAUGUUCCUCUUGUUUUAAUGAACUCUUUUAACACGGAUGAAGAUACCAAAAAAAUACUACAGAAGUACAAUCAUUGUCGUGUGAAAAUCUACACUUUCAAUCAAAGCAGGUACCCGAGGAUUAAUAAAGAAUCUUUACUUCCUGUAGCAAAGGAUGUGUCUUACUCAGGGGAAAAUACAGAAGCUUGGUACCCUCCAGGUCAUGGUGAUAUUUACGCCAGUUUCUACAACUCUGGUUUGCUUGAUACCUUUAUAGGAGAAGGCAAAGAAUAUAUUUUUGUGUCUAACAUAGAUAAUCUGGGUGCCACAGUGGAUCUGUAUAUUCUUAAUCAUCUAAUGAACCCACCCAAUGGAAAACGCUGUGAAUUUGUCAUGGAAGUCACAAAUAAAACACGUGCAGAUGUAAAGGGCGGGACACUCACUCAAUAUGAAGGCAAACUGAGACUGGUGGAAAUUGCUCAGGUGCCAAAAGCACAUGUUGAUGAGUUCAAGUCUGUAUCAAAGUUCAAAAUAUUUAACACAAACAACCUAUGGAUUUCUCUUGGAGCAGUUAAAAGACUGCAGGAGCAGAAUGCCAUUGACAUGGAAAUCAUUGUGAAUCCAAAGACUUUGGAUGGAGGCCUGAAUGUCAUUCAGUUAGAAACUGCAGUAGGGGCUGCCAUCAAAAGUUUUGAGAAUUCUCUAGGUAUUAAUGUGCCAAGGAGCCGUUUUCUGCCUGUCAAAACCACAUCAGAUCUCUUGCUGGUGAUGUCAAACCUCUAUAGCCUUAAUGCAGGAUCUCUGACAAUGAGUGAAAAGCGGGAAUUUCCUACAGUGCCCUUGGUUAAAUUAGGCAGUUCUUUUACAAAGGUUCAAGAUUAUCUAAGAAGAUUUGAAAGUAUACCAGAUAUGCUUGAAUUGGAUCACCUCACAGUUUCAGGAGAUGUGACAUUUGGAAAAAAUGUUUCAUUAAAGGGAACAGUUAUCAUCAUUGCAAAUCAUGGUGACAGAAUUGACAUCCCACCUGGAGCAGUAUUAGAGAACAAGAUUGUAUCUGGAAACCUUCGCAUCUUGGACCACUGAAAUGAAAAAUACUGUGGACGCUUUGAUAAUGGGCUAGUUUCUUACAAUGAAAUGUUCUCUAGGAUUCUAAAAUAGGCAGGUACUUUACUAUGUUACUGUACCCUGCAGUGUUGAUUUUUAGAGUUUUCUGCAGUAUGCUUUUAGUCUAAGAAAAGCACAGAUGGAGCAAUACUUUCCUUCUUUGAAGAGGAUCCCAAAAGUUAGUUAGUUCAUCUUAAAGUGCAAUAUUGUUUAAUCUUAAAACUGGGGCAACUCUGGAAGAUCUUUUAACAGAAGCCUCAAUGAUGGUCACAUUGAAUUGCUUGUCAUUUCAAAAAUAAAGCAGUGAAGCAAUA